UUUAGCCAAAAUAAGACAAAAAAAAAUCUCAUGCUAUUCCAAAUAACAAGCAACAAGGAAAAUGAGGAGUAAUCCUAUUUCCAUCGAUGAAUAUCUGGCGAAGGAUAUCCAAUAGUUGUUGGAUUCAAUUUAUAGACCAUGUUAAUGAAGUUGCUCAUUUAUUAGCUCGAUAAGAAUACUCUGUAAAUUUCUUCAGGGUGUCAUUUCUCACGAUUGGGUGUCUUUUCUCAUGAUUGUACUCAAAUCGAUCAAUAAAAGUUCUAGUUUCCUUCAAAAGUGCUUAAUUCAUGAAAGACUAAACCCUAGAACGUUACUUGGGCCAAAAUAAACAUUUAUAGAAGGACAAAAAAUAGCAGAAUUUUGGAGUCUAAUUUGGGCCUACCCAUUUCUAAGCCCAAGUCCAAACACCCCCAACUUCGUUCCUCGGUUUACUCCCACAGUCUCACUCUCUCUCGUCGCUCCCGCUCUCUCUCUCGCCAGAAGAAGAGACGCCUCAUUGUACGUACCAGACUGCUGAAGAAGAGAUUGACCUCUACCUUGAGGAUGGUGGAAAUGUGGUGGUCCCUUUUAGCUGCGAUCCCUGCAGUGGUUGCAGGACAAGCAUUUCGAGUGAAGAAAAGACGUGAUGAUGAGCAGAAAUUAAAGAGUGCUAGAGGAAGGGAGAAGAGUUCUGAUGAGAUUUUUGUCUGCGAGAGGGUAUGCACAUCUAAGAGGAUGCUGAAGAAAGUUGGUGCAUUCUCAAAGGACCCAAUUCCUGAUACUUGUGUUACUGUGUGCGGUGUUUCUGAGCUUGACGUAUGCGCUGAUGCCUGUGCACUGACUAUUUGUGUAAACCAACAUCAAUUACCAAACUGGAAUGACAUCUGCCUCCGAAGAUGCCAGAGUGAGUGUUUGAAACUCUCUUCUUUGACUUCUAACUAGUACAUUUUCUUCCAAUUUAAAUGAAAAAUAUGUAUCAAAAUUGGUUUGAUGUAGUAUUUGUUACUCACAUUUUAUGACAUCUCUUCUAGAUUAUGGUUGUGAUUGAUUUUGAGUGUGAGCUCACAAGUCAGAAGCAUGGACUAUUGUGCUUGACUGCUAUUGUAGAACCUCUAUGAACUUCAAGCUUUAAGCUCUAGGAAAGUAGCUUAGUGGACAAUAGAUGAAAACUGUACUAAAACUAAAAGAUCACAGAAGUAAACAACAUAUUAAAUUCUCUUUUGCUUGGUGAAAGCCAA